AUGGAGUCUGAAAGCAUAACUCUAAAUAUCAGAAUUACAGGUACAAGUGACGAAUUUCCAAUCGUUAUCAAUCUCACUGAAACAGUUUCUGACUUAAAGUUGAAAUGUGCAGACCAUUUGUCUAUAGACCCAGCCCCAACGAAAUUAAUUUACAAAGGUAAAACAUAUACAGGAAAAGUACUUAAAGAUCAAGAUACGAUAGAAUCAUUAGCUUUCGAUUUAACCCAAAAAAUUUAUCUUGUUAAAGGACAGUCUGCUCAAUCUCAAGCCCCAAACCCAUCACCUGCACCUUCUCAUAUUUCAUCAGGAGCAGGAGAAUUAACAGGUUUAUUAUAUGGCCUCAAUCAUUUCGGGGUUAUGAAUCAAGCUACUUCUAUGAUGGACAGUUUAUCAGAUCUUGACGAAAUUUCUAGAGAUACAGGAAUUCAGAUGCCAGAUCCAGCAUUUUUAAGACAAUUAAUAGGCUAAAGAAAAAAAUUCUUGAAAAUUACUGUUACUUUUAUAGAGAAAACAAUAGAAAUUUAUAUAUUGAGCCAAAUUAAUGUCAAAUCCUGCAACUAGACAAAUGAUGAUGACUUCUAUGCAACAGAUGAUGAAUAAUCCUCAAAUGAGAGACUGAGUUUUUAAUUCGAAUCCACAGCUAAGACAGCUAUCUGAGAGAAUUCCAGGGAUUAAAGAUGCGUUGGGGAGCCCUCAAGUGAUACAACAAAUGAUGAGCACUAUGGAAAGAAUGAGUGUGGGGAAUACAGCUGGGCCAAUGUCAGGAGAACCAGGAAGUUUUCCAGCACCUGGUGGGGCUAGUCCUCAAAUUGAGAGCUCUCAGCCUUCUCAACCUCCUCAGCAGCCAUCAGCAAGUCAGCCACAAAAUUCCCAAGCUCCUCAAUUUCCUAUGUUUAACCCUUUUAUGAUGAACCCAAUGAUGAAUCCAAUGAUGCAGCCUCAAAAUCCCCCUCCUCAGCAAGCUCCUUUGCCAAAUCCCCCUCCUCAAGCACCUUACCCUCAAUAUCCUAUGUAUAAUCCAUAUGGCUACUACGGAAUGCCCUAUAUGCAGCCUCUCUAUAACCCUAUGCAGCCUCAAUUUAAUCCUUUUGCAAUGCAAGGAGCCAAUCCUGGAAUGGCAGCUCAAAAUCCUAGAGAAAUAUUCAGUGCCCAACUUCAAAGGAUGAAAGAAAUGGGCUUCAUAAACGAAGAAGCUAACAUCAAAGCUCUCCAAGCAAGUGGCGGCAAUGUAGAAUUAGCGAUUGAACGGUUAUUAAAUAUGCUAGGAUAA